CAAAGGUGUCAGUGAGUCAGUCAGUCAGAUAGGUGAAGAAGACGACCAGCGACAAGAAGAAGAAGAAGAAGAACAAGGAUCGUUGAUCAGGGAGAAUUUUGUUGGUUUGCCUGGGGUGUGUCUCUGCAUUUCACCCCAAAGUUAGCCAGCCGGUAGGGGUCGAUACGGACACUCGGAGAAAGUUCUAUGACCAGAGGAUUAUACAGUAUUGAUGAUCGGAUGAUGAUGCUUUAGACCUUUUUUCCGGCCUCAAAAAUCUUUCUUGGUGGUGAUUCAACUGCAAAUUAUUAGAUGCACUUUGGGCUUUGGACUGGAUACUCUUUUUAACUUUUUUGGUGGGUAGGUCGUGGGGUUGACCUGGUACGGAUUGGAUUGUGUUGGAGCUCUCUACUGCUCUCUGAGAGACGACUCUAGCCUCUAGGGGGCGGAGCGGUGCGGAGCUCUUUCUUGGGUGAUGAAAUUGAAAUGGAGGAAAAUGCAGCAGCUUUGCAUACUGCUAUCAGUGCCGUGCAUGCCUUGGGCAGGGGCUUUGAUGUCAACUUUGAUACCAGAUUGCUUUACUGCAAGGGAGUUUCAGGCGCCACUGUAGUGGAGAUCGACGAGGGCAAUACCAGGGAUCUCUGUUUGUAUGAUAACUUAGUUGUCCCCAGUGUUUCCAGGGAUAUCAAGACCUUUUCUGAGCCUGCUGCCCGUCAUGCCUCUGGUGUUUGCACUUAUGAUGAGAUGGUGGAGUAUUUUAAUAGAAGGGCAAAUUUAUUUGGACAUUCUCCUCUUGGAAGCUUCAAUGCCGCAUUUAGCUAUACUGGGUCUAAGCACAUAGAUGCUGCUACUACAAAGACCCUUUCCAUAGAUGGAUUCUUCAUUCCUCUUGCAAAGCUUGAACUCCGGAAAUCUUCCAUGGUAUUGCAACAAAAUGCUAGAAGAGCAAUACCAACGUUAUGGGAUCCACCAGCCUUGGCUAGCUUCAUUGAAAACUUUGGGACCCAUGUUAUUACAUCUGUAACUAUUGGAGGGAAAGAUGUUAUAUAUGUGAAACAACAUGACUCGUCAUCUUUGUCGACCAUGGAAAUAAAAAGUUACGUCCAAGACAUUGGAAAUCAAAGGUUCUCGAGUGCAGAAAGUCUAACGAGUUCAGGUUUAUUGAAAUACAAGGAUAAGGGACAUGAUCCUUCUUUAUUCAACAGCCAAGGGAUAUAUCCACAACCAAGUAUUACACCUAUUCUUGCAGGCAAUGGAAAAGAGGAUGUUACAGUCAUCUUCAGACGAAGGGGAGGGGAUGAUCUUGAACAAAGUCAUACUCAAUGGGCAAGAACAGUUCAAUCCUCUCCAGAUGUUAUUGAGAUGCAGUUUUAUCCAAUUUCACUCCUUCUUGAUGGGGUUAGAGGAAAGGAGCAUUUAACACGAGCUAUAGAUCUCUACCUGGACCACAAACCUCAGAUUGAAGAGCUGAGAUAUUUUCUAGAGUUUCAGGUCCCUCGAACAUGGGCCCCUCUGCAGGACAGGCUUCCAGGUCAAUCAAGAAAGGAACCUGUUUGCCCAUCUCUGCAGUUUAGCAUGAUGGGGCAAAAGCUUUAUGUCAGCCCGGAGCAAGUAUCAGUGGGACGCAAGCCUGUGACAGGCAUGCGGCUUCAUCUGGAAGGAUCCAAGCAGAAUCGUCUGUGUAUUAACCUUCAACAUCUGGCAUCUCUUCCUAAGAUCCUCCAGCCAUACUGGGAGUCACACGUGGCAAUUGGCGCUCCAAAGUGGCAGGGUCCUGAAGAACAAGAUAGUAGAUGGUUUGAGCCUGUGAAGUGGAAGAACUUUUCGCAUGUGAGCACUGCACCAGUAGAGAGCCCUGAAACGUUCAUAGGUGAUUUCUCAGGCGUGUAUGUAGUCACUGGAGCACAGCUUGGGGUGUGGGAUUUUGGUUCACGGAAUGUGUUGCAUAUGAAGCUUUUAUAUUCACGGCUUCCGGGAUGCACCGUACGAAGAUCAUUAUGGGAUCAUGCCCCAAAUGAAAAAUUGAGGAAGCAGGUUGCGACAGGAAGUAACAGCAGUGAUUUGACUUCAGGUUCAGGGGAGAAGUUAGCAGGCAACAAGUUGGCAAAAUUUGUGGACACAACAGAGAUGUGCAAGGGACCAGAAGAUCCUCCAGGUCAUUGGCUGGUUACAGGAGGAAAGCUUGGGGUAGAGAAAGGGAGAGUUGUGUUGAGGCUAAAAUAUUCUUUGCUGAAUUAUUGAGCCACCCUUCUUCAGAGGUCAACUUUACGCAGCAAUUUUCAUUAGAUGGUUUUGCAUUGUGUACACGGUUCGCGGUCAUCUUGCAAGGGAACUUGCUUCGUGACAUGAUGCAACAGAGAGAUUUUUCCUCCUGGGGUUGUCCUGUGUUGUGUAAGUUGAUUUCGCAAUUUUGCACCAGCUUCCUAUCUUGUGAGUCAUCCCCAUGCGAGCUCUGUAGCUAGUAUUAAUUGUAAUUUGUCCAGUUAGUCUACCUUACUUGGUCACCCUCAAAAGGUAAACUCGUGGGGACGUGGGAGUUCACGGCCUCUCCAGACAGGAGGUCUCCCAUAUCUGGACGGUUUUGUUAAUUCUGUACUACUACUCGUUAGUGAUACAACCUGGAAAAAGUAUGUUGUUUCUGUUUGAA